AGGCGGUUUGAAGCGCUGACAGGCCGGGGCGUUCUCCGGCGUGCCAUGGCGGCGCUUGGCGCCUACCGCUGCAUCGAAUGCAACAGGGAAGCGGCCGAGCUGUACAGGGACUACCAGCGCGGCGUGCUCCGCAUCUCCAUCUGCAAAUCCUGCCAGAAACCUGUGGACAAAUACAUUGAGUAUGAUCCUGUUAUCAUCUUGAUUAAUGCUAUUUUAUGUAAAGCACAAGCAUACAGGCACAUUCUUUUCAAUACAAAGAUAAAUAUUCAUGGGAAGCUCUGCAUAUUUUGUUUGCUCUGUGAAGCUUAUCUCAGGUGGUUGCAACUACAGGAUUCAAGCCAAAAUAUAGAUCCUGAUGACUUAAUCAGAUAUGCCAAGGAAUGGGAUUUUUAUAGAAUGUUUGGUAUAGCUUCUUUAGAACAAACUUCAUUUUUGGUUGGCAUUUUUAUUACCUUAUGGUGGAUGAGACCUAAAAUGCUGAAAACAAAGUCUGACUUCAUUUUACUUCUCAAAGCACUGCUGUUGUCCAGCUAUGGAAAGCUUUUGCUAAUUCCAGCUGUUAUUUGGGAACAUGACUACACACCUGUGUGCCUUGCGUUUAUAAAAGUGUUUGUCUUGAUAUCAAACUCUCAGGCAAUUAGAGUUACAUUGAACUUGAACCGACUGCUCCCUUGGUUGGCCAUCGUCUUUGGAUUAAUUUUGGAAAAUGGUGUGGUGUGCUCGUUCCAGAAAAUGGGAUGGGAUGUUUGAAACGUCAGCCCAGAUCUGAAGAAAUACCAACAACAUGACGAUCAUUUUCUGAGAAUGAUCUCUGCCAGCAGGCUCCAAAGACACUAUUUUCAUAGUGAUAAAGAAGGUGAUAGAUAACAAAAACUUGCAUUAGUGGUGAGCAUAGACAGCUCUAGGAAGAGUUAAAAUGAGAAGCUUCAGAAGUUUGGCUAUUUAAUGUGGUGAGCCAUAAAACUUCAGCCUUAGCUUGUUUAUUUUCCCAUUAAAAAAUAUGAAUGUGUCACUAUCCUAAUAAGCUUUAUAAAUCUGGCUGCAUAGCUAUGGCUGUAACAAAAAAGGUACACUGAAAAAAUUCAGCAGUGCUACCAAUCACUGCGUUUUGGCAGGAAGAGGAGGAUGAAUUGUUCCCUUAAGAGGAAGAUAUUAAAAAAAAAUGUAAAAGCCAGAAUUGAUAUUUCUGCAAAAACAGAUUUUCAAAGAGAGAAGUGAACAUGUGCAAACAGUUUAUUAGAGAAAAGGUAAGUAUUGCAGAGUAAAACUACAGUGGGAAAAUGCUCUGGAAUGUUUAUGUAAUAAUCCAAAACAAUAAAAUAUCUAGUUCUAGAGUAAUCUCUAGGAACUAUAGUUCUAACUAGCUUGAAAUUUUAUGUGAUCUCAUAAAUCCUACUGCUUUAUUCUGAAAGCUGAAAAGAGAGUGGGAGGACUCUGAUCCCCAGCAUACACAGUUGUUUGGGAUACCGCUUCUUCUGCAUUUAAUGUUAAGCCACAUCCCCCACACCCAGCCCUCAUCUGGCAGCAGGUUUAGUGGAAGCAAAAAGUGAAGUAUGAGGCUGCUCAGCAAUACAGUAGUACUUGUUAAAAAAAAACCAAACAAACAACCCACAACCAGAUGUUUAGGCCUAAAUUAGUGAUGAAACAUUUAUAGAAGUUCUGUACCUUUUUCCCCAGCAGGCAAAGAGAGGGCUAGAUGGCCCACAAAGAAACUUGCAGAAUUGGUUUCUGUAGACAGUAAUUGGGACACGAACCUACUUCUUUUGUGCAGACCAGUUUCCUUUACAUUCCAUCCAACGUUUAAUUCUCCUGCUUCAGUUCUGGAAGGCUCUACUAUCUAUAGGUACUACUGCCAUUUUUCAUUUUCAUCAGAUGCCAUCUCCUAUCCAUGUUUUGCAAAAUGCAUCAAAUAACAUUUUGCAACAUCUUCAAUUCCAAACAGGCUUAGAAUAAGUCUAGCUUAUGACCACAGAAGACAUCAGACAUGUUUGUCUGAUGCAACUAACUGCCCAUGCCACGGUUAAGUUACUUGGGUCAGAAAAACAAAUGGUUGCUGAUUCUGGCUGACACCACUCAUGUGCCAUUUGUGUUACACUUUACACGAGCAUGUAGCAAAGGUGAAAAAAAACAAAUUGCAACCUCUUUAAGUACAUGAGACUCUUUAACACUGCAACUGCUCCAGCAAGCACAUAGUAUAUGAGGGAUCCACCUUGCUACUGGUGUGAAUCAGUGGCCAGACAAUUGAGUGCAGGUGUGCAGUUGCUCACAGGCUGAGCAGCAGCCUUGGCAACACAGUACAUAGAACAUGCGUUGCUUUACAUAAUUAGAUUUGGGGAGAUAAUCCGCCCCCAAAAGCUUUUUUAAAAACAGUAUGUUGCCAAAGGUUCUUUGAGUAGUGCUCAUCUUCCUCCUACAAGACCAGCACACGGCAUUGCAACAGAGAAUGCAGGUUGAGAAGGUGCACAGGGAAAGAGCAGUAGAUCUUUUAGAAAAGCUUCAGGGAUGCUGGUCUGGCCUGCUUUCAUUUUCUUCCUGUCACCACUGUCACUGGUUUCAGUCUAAAGGCUGAGUGGAGUACCUUUAAAUGUGACUAUCGCAAGGGGAAGAUUUUGCAUUACAUGUAAUGUAAAUAUUACCUUGUCAGCAGGAAAACCAUGAAUAUAACAUAUAUAAAUUUUGCUUUGGGACAGUUUUCUUAAAGUUUAUUUUGAAUUUAAAAUAAUUGAUCUCAGGACAUUGUGUGAGUUUUAUUCAGAAGACCUAGAAUGGACAUGAACACAUUCUAAAAGAAGAAAUGUUUAUCUAUUGUGUCAUAUAUGCCAAUAACAUAUCAGUUAUGCACUCUGUAAUGCUACGAGGAGCCACCACUGUCCUUAUGCAACUUUGAGGAUGGAGAAGAAAAUCAAGAGCUACAGAGCUGUGGAAUGAAAACAGGUGUUGUACAGGUUUUCAGUCUUCAGAAGCAUUGUUAUUGUCUAGUAAUGUAGGACAUUCUGCCUUGUGUGGUUUUAUGGCUACUCAUUUACCAGAACUAAUAUGACAAAUACACCAAUAUUGUGUAAAUGUAGGGGGAGCUUAA